GGGGGGGUGCUUUUUCUUGAGCGUGCGUUUAACUCGUGAAUUCUUGCACGAGUUCACGCGAGGACGACGUGGACUAAUUCACGCCCAGCUUGUGUGACGAGCACAGCGAAGUGAAGCAAGGCACCCGAGCAGCGUCAGGCAAUGGAACCGAGCGCCACGACGCUUGCGGGCCCAUUCGGCAUCCAGGCUGACAACUGCACGGACCCGAGCUUCAACAACUGCACCGCGCUGCAUAAUCACACGGACCACGAGGAUGACGACCACAUCGGGACGGCCGGAAACAAGGCCAUGACGGUGAUCAACAUCUUGCUGUACAGCGUCGUGUUCGUCUGCGGCACCCUGGGGAACGGGGCCGUCGUGUGGGUCGCGGGGUUCCGCAUGAAGCGUUCCCCCGUCACCGUCUAUUUUCUUUCGCUCGCCGCCGUGGACUUCACCUUCGUGGCCACUCUGCCCCUCUUGAUAAUGCUGCUCGUCCACCAGCACUGGCCCUUCGACCACACCGCCUGCAAGGUCCUGCCCUCCUUCAUCAUCUUCAACAUGUACGCCAGCGUGUACCUGCUCUCGGCCAUCAGCCUCGACCGCUAUUUCGCGGUGGUGCAGCCCAUUUUGGCGCUCCGGAUCCGCUCGACCCGCGUGGCGUGGGUGGUGUGCGUCGUCUCUCUCUGCGCCGCCGCGCUCAGCACUCUGCCCAGCUUCCUGUACCGCGAGAUCAUCGAAGACGAGAUCGGCCUGACGUGGUGCAUGGUGAAUUACGGAGAAGAAGAAGACGUGAUCUUGGUGGCCGUGGGGGUCUUCACCCUUCUGGCUGGAUUCCUGCUGCCACUGGUCGCAAUCUGCUUCUGCUACAUGUGCGUCGUGCACAAGAUGCGCUCCAUGUCGCGCGUGCAUACAUCACGGAGGGCGCGCUCCGUGCGCCUCAUCGCCGCCGUGGUGGUGGCCUUCUUCGUCUGCUGGUUUCCCUACCACAUAUUGGUCAUCGUGAAACUUGUGCCGCUCGAAAACGAAGAGGCGUCCCACCACUUAAUGGAAAUCAUGAACUUUUUACAGCCCCUCGCGGUGGGAAUAGCCAUCACCAACAGCUGCGUCAACCCAUUCCUCUACGUGUUUGUGGGACGCGAAUUCCGCAAGACCUUGCUCAGGUCUUCGCCAAUCCUGCGGCAGCUCGAAGCGGCCCUCGGCGAAGACGCGUCCGGUGGCUCUGCCUUGUCUCAGCAGGGCACCAAGAGCAGCUCGGAUUCAGGGCAGACGUCUCAGAUGCAUCAGGUGUGAGGUUCCCCCCCCCUGCUCUGCCCCUCCAUGCUAGCCGCACAAUCCCUCCCAAUCCUCUCAUAACCGCCUCCGCCCCCGUGGUGCCUCCCACACGCUGCCGUGAAUUUAUUGGGCCAGAUUCACGUGCUGCCCAAUGUUGUUUUGAGUGAAAAAAAACGUUGGUAAUUGGAUUAAUUCGCGGCACACCGUUGCAGCGUAAUACACCGGUCCUCAUAAAACAGUCUGAUGUUGUCGCUGUUGCCCUUGGGUGAACUGCAGAUUCUCCAUCAGAAGUUCUGUUAGGUUCAGAAGCUGCUUUCCCAUUCGAACGUGUGACAUGAGUCAUAAUCUUUUGAUGCUACCGUCUGCUAAGAAAUCAUUUCAGAACUGAAUCGAGGAAUUGUCCGACCAAAUCUAGGGCAUGUGUCAAAUCUGGCUUUGGAUCACGGAGGCAAUCGUCAUCAGGCUGGGUGCUACACAGCAACAGACUGUGAAUUUUCGUGUUCAUUCAUCUUCCGACUGCUUUGACAUCACGAGGAACUGAUUUUGGCGCACCCCGCAAGAUUUUCUGCUUUUUUUUAUACCGCGCACCAGUAUGUUCAAAUAGCCGGUGGAUAACGACCAGUACCUUGAGGGCCCCACGCACUCAGUGCACACAAAGGGCUUGCCACAAAUGAACCACAAUACCUUGCUGAUCUCGGCAAGCAGCAUAAAACCAUCACGCAAACUUCGGUCAUCCUCGCAGCAGCUUUUGGCUAACCAUCAAACAA